AAAAUAUUUAAAAAAAUAUUAUAAUUAAUUUUACAUAUUUAUUCAGGUUUAUUAUAACUUUUAUAUAGUUAUUAUUAUAUUACAUUAUUUUGUAAUAAUGUUUUGUAAUACAUUAUUUUGCAUUAAUUAUAAUAACAAAGAUAUCAAAACAAAUUAUAAAAUUAAUAAAACAUUUUAUAUACAACAUAUGAAUUUCUACCAUUUAUAAAAAAAAUACAAACAGCAUCUAAUUUGAUUAACAUAAUAUUGACUAUUAAACUUCAUCUUCAUUUAAGAGCAUAUUUGGUAUUCCAUCAUUAAUAGGAAAUUUUCUGCCAGAUUCUGGGCAUAAUAGAUCUCCAUUAAUGACUUCAACUUCCAAUAAUACAUGAUGAACCUUUUUUAAAAAUUCUUCAUUUGUUUCAAAGUCUUGAAUUAAUGUUUGUGGUAAUUCUCCAACAUGACCUAUACUUUCUGCAGCUUUCCAAAGUGUAGCCCAAUCAAGUUUUGGAAUUAUUCUUGCAAUAAAUUCUGAAUUGAAAUCUACUUCUGACACUUUAAUAUCCUUUGCCUGACAAUUCCAAGAGGAUAUCCAACAGUUACACCUUUCAAGCAUUUUGAAGUUAACAUAUUAUGUGUUAAAAGUUUCAUUUUUUUAUUAAUAUUAUUCAAUCGCUUAUUAAUUAAAAUAAUUCGAAAAAAUUAUGAUUUUAUUGUUAAAAUAUCUUACAAAUUCAUUGCACGUUAGUAUUGAUGCCGGCUUUUACCAACUUAUACACGCUCCAAUUUCAAGAUGCAAUUCAAUGCGAUUGUAUUAUAUUACGAAUUGUUUUCACAUUUAAAUUAUGAUAUAUUUAAGAUCUAUUACAAUAAAUUGACUGACAGUCACGUGAUUUCAAUUGUACUUUCCGUUGUGAGGUUAGUUUUUCAGAAAAAAUGUUAUGCCUUGUUUUUUAAAUAAUCUAUUAGAUUAUUUCAUUUUGUUAGAUCUUCUCAAAAUACAAUUAGCAGAAUAAUUAUAUCAAAUUAAUACUAAAAAUAUUUUACUCCACAUAAAACUAUGACAAAUUACAAAACAUAUGGUGUGUAACCUACCCGUAUAUAUCAUAGUUUGAGGUGGAAAAUCGUUUGAACAGCAAACUGACAGUAGCCACAUCAUCUGGCCUUGAUAAAAAUACGCAAUCAGCUGUUAUUGUUACUCGUUUAUUUUUUUUUUUUGUAUCGUAUUUAAAUAUAUAUAUUUUUACUAGAAUCUGCCAGUCAUAUUUUAACACAUCACCAGCUUACUUUAAAAAUAAUCAAGAACUUGUAUAACCUAAUAUAAGUAAGAGAUUUGAUUUAAUUUUUCAGUUCUUAAGUUUUCUAUAUAUAUUAAAAACUAUAUGAUAAAUGUUAAUAAUUGAAUAGUGCAAAUCUACAUUUUGUCAGUAAUAAUAUGUAUUUUUAUUAAAUUCAUAGUGCUUGUGUGAUAAUUUCCAAAAAAAAAAUGCUACAGAAGAUAGAAAGAUAAAGAUAUCAGUAACAAACGUGUUAGAUUAGUGCAUAUUUAAUUUGCACUGUAAUAUAUUAUUUUCAUCAUGCAAUAAUGAUAUUCUAACAAAACAAAUCACAAAAUAUAUAAAAAAACAAUGUGCGCUAUUAUAAGUAUAAGAUCUUGACAUCAAAAGGAAUAUAUUUUCUAAUGCAAAAGAAAAUGGCUUGUGAAUUACUUAUUUGGGGAUUACUAAUGUUAAGUCUACAAGCAUUGUUAGUUGCAUCCGAAGAUGACCCAUUGGAAUAUAUGAGCAAAGAAGAACGGGAAGCAUUAAAGAUAAUGCGUAUCCUGCUGAUGAAUUAAUGCCAUUAAGUUGUAAAGGAAGGUACAGAGGAUCAGAACCAAAUAGAGGUGAUAUAGAUUCUACAUUGGGCAAGUAUUAGGAGAUUUAGAGGAAUUUGAACAUGCAGUUAAACUUGUUGUCAGAGAUGUUAGCUUUGACACUGAUGUUAUAGUUUCUCUAUUUGAAACUAAUAUUAGAAUGCUUGGGGGUCUUCUAAGUGGUCACAUACUAGCAGAAUAUUUACAACAAAGAGCUGACAUAAUGCCUUGGUAUAGAGGUGAACUUCUAAAUUUAGCCAAAGAUUUAGGAUAUAGAUUUUUACCUGCAUUUAACACAACUACAGGAAUACCAUAUGGCAGAAUAAAUUUAAAAUAUGGUAUGAAAAGUGUACCUUUGGAAAUAUCACGAGAAACAUGUACUGCUUGUGCAGGAAGUAUGAUUUUAGAAAUGGCAGCAUUAUCAAGGUUAACUGGAGAACCAAUAUUUGAAGAGAAAGCACAAAAAGCAAUGGACGUUCUAUGGAGAAUGCGUCAUCGCGGUACUGAUUUAAUGGGAUCUGUAUUAAAUGUACAUUCCGGUGAUUGGGUAAGAAGAGAUUCUGGUGUUGGAGCAGGUAUAGAUUCCUACUAUGAAUAUUGUCUUAAAGCAUACAUUUUAUUGGGUGAUGAAAAGUAUCUUGGACGCUUUAAUAAACAUUAUCAAGCAGUAAUGAAAUAUGUAAGCCAAGGACCAAUGUUAUUGGAUGUACAUAUGCACAGACCAAAUACGAACUCGAAAAAUUUUAUGGAUGCUUUAUUGGCCUUUUGGCCUGGUUUGCAGGUACACUGGGGACAUCAUCCAUUAAGGCCGGAAUUUUUAGAAUCAACGUACUUCCUCUAUCGUGCUACUGGCGAUCAUUAUUAUUUAGGAGUUGGCCGUAAGGUACUCAAAAGUCUGCAAACUUAUGCCAGAGUACCAUGUGGUUAUGCUGCUGUAUCAGAUGUUAGAACUAAUAAGCAUGAUGAUACAAUGGAUAGCUUUGUAUUAUCCGAAACUUUUAAAUACUUAUUUCUGUUAUUCGCGGAGCCAGGUGAACUACUUUUAGAUUUGGAUGAAUUUAUUUUUACAACCGAAGGACAUCUAUUGCCAUUAACACUUGCUUCUAUAAGGACUAAUAUUUCUUCGCAAGAUUUUGAACGAGAUAUUGUUCAUGUGGAUGAGAUGGACCGUACUUGUCCUAAUAGUUUACAUUUAUUUCCUGCAUCAGUAAGACAACCUUUGAGAAACAUGGUUGAAGACGUCUAUCCAAGACGUGUAUUAAAAAGAAGAUUAAGUGCUGCACAAUUUCAGGCAAAUAAUUUGGAGCAUUUAAAAUUGUUAAGUGAUAUGGGAAUAACGACUUUAACUUUGGCAGAUGGACGUGUUCAACUGUUGCAUACAUUUUCUAAUGCCAAAACACCACAGGAUUCAGAAGAAGGAUUAUUAUUUAUGCAAGAAAUGAUUGAAAUAAGUAAAAUGCAAUCCCAACAAACUGAAGCUAAACCACAAGCUGUCACGUUUGUAAAACCAAAUAUAAAUCCACCUCAAAUAGUUACGCUAUUAGCUGGACCAGCUCAAUUUGGAUUAGAAUUACAAGGAUUAAAUAAAAUAACUGGAAAAGUUGUCUUUACAUUUCCAUCUACUGCAUGUACCGAUCUUCAUAAUGCAGAUAAACUUAUAGGCAAGAUAGCAAUAAUGGGUCGGGGUAACUGUAUGUUUAUAGAGAAGGCAAGACGAAUUCAACAAGCAGGUGCUGUUGCUGGAAUAGUGUUGGAUAAUGUAGAUGGUUCUAGUGCUGCAAAUUCGCCUAUAUUUGCCAUGUCAGGAGAUGGAAAAGAAGUAGAUGAUGUAACUAUUCCAGUUGUAUUUUUGUUUAGUAUGGAGGCUUCUGAAUUAUUAAAAGCAAUUACCGUAGCAAAUGGUGAUCUUACAGUUACACUUGGAAAUUUCUUUUCAAAAGAAGAUACACAACUAAAAGCACCUACUGAUUUAUCAAUGUUUGAACGAUUAAAAGGAUCAUUAAAAUCUUUCCUUACACAACAAAUGACACCACAGACAUCUCCAAGCAGUGGGACGAUUUUGGAUAUGGUUCCUGAAAUUAAAUAUGAAGAAGACGAAAAAUACAUAAUCUUUUUUUAUAAUCUACGUGCUGAAAUGAUCAAUGAUCCACUUGGCGGGGAAAUAAGGAUUACAUCGUCGUACAUAUCUGUUCCACUUACAACAGAAUCGGAAGAAAACACAUUAAUAGAAAAACAAUGGCGACAAUUAAAAGAAGUUUUUAUUAAUCAUAUAUAUUUGAAUGUCAAACAGAAAGCAGGUUUACAAAUCAGAAGUUUUAUAUUAGAAAGUUAUUAUAAUUGGGUAGUAAAGUCACGAGGCGCGAAUAGUGAUACAUUAAAAAUAUCAUUGCAAGAUAAAGUUGCGUGGUUCUUAAAGGAAUUAGCUGUAGUUGUACCAAAUCCGUCCAUUAUGAAAAUGGACCAGUUAAUGGAUUUUAAUAAACAAAAAUUGUUGAAACAGUAUUUGUUAACAAAAAUGGAUAUUAUGGUUUUGAAUAUGAAAACGGUUACAACAAUGCUACAAACAAUGCGAUCUGGAAGUCUAAAUACUAAACAGUUAGUCAAAAUUUUCGAACUUAAUGCUGUUCAAGCUGGUAACUAUAAGUUUUUGAGACAAUUACCAGGUAUUUUUGACAUGGAAGACGAAAUUAUCAGAGAACAUCUUGCUUUGUUAGAUCGUAUUAAUAAAGCUGCGUAUAAGAAAUAUCGUGAAGUAUUAGCUGAUGGAGCACAAGAAAAUUUAGAAAAACCUGUAAUAGAUAAAAAUUUUUAUUAUGAUACAAUAAUUGAUAAUUGGCAAAAAGAUUUGAAAAAUUUUGACAAAUUAGAUGUAUUAAAGAAAACUAAUGGACAAAAUUCUAUGAUCACAGAAUUUAUGACAGAUAGUAAUGAAAAUAGUAAAAGAGAAAUUAAAUCAAAAGAUACUUCUAAAAUGUCUAAAAGGAAGGAAGAUGUUAAAGCAGGAAAAUUUGAAGAUUUUGAAUAUUUUAUAUUAACAGAAAUAGAAAAAGCUGUGAAAGAUUCAGAACAAGACAGUAUUAGAAAAUUCCCAGAACAUAUUGAUAUUUCAAGAGAUAUGACAGAUAACACAAGUAAAGAAGCUAUUAAUUCAAAUAAAGUAGUUUUGAAUGUUUCUUCUCAAAAUCAAAGUAAAACUGAUAUGUUAAAAAAUAGAUUAAAGUAUCAAAUUGAAUUUAUAAAAAAUAAGAUUGAAGAUUUUACAAAAAAUAUAGAUUCUUUAACAGAUUUUACUAAAAUCACAAAUUCUUUAGAAAACGUACAAUCAAAUAAUAUUGAUUUUCAAGAAACAAUUAAUAAUAAUAGUGCUGACAAGCAAGCACAUAAAGAAUCCUUGUUAACUAACAAUGAUUUCAAACUAACAGAUGGAAAGACAAAUUCUCCAAAUAUUGAAACGAUAAAAAAAGAUAAAAAUGAGAUAUUACAAAACAUUGGAAAAGAAAUAGUUGAGGCACAAUAUCGGAAAAAUCCGAAUAUUGAACAUUCUGUUCAUUUAAAUACAAAUACAAACUAUAAAACAUUUCCUUCUAAACUGCCUAAAGAACAUAAAAACCAAAUAUUGACAUCCAAAGAAAAAGAGAAUAAAAAGUCUAUUAAUAUUCAACAAGAAUCUUCCAAUUCAAAUUAUAAUUCUGUAGAUGAAGAUAAAUUGCAACAUGGUCAAAAUAUAAAUGAAGUUAAAAGUAAGAAAGUCGAUGUACAGAAACACAAGGUAAAACAUAUCGACGAUGAAUUAUAAUGAAAGAUUUUAUGUUUCAAGAUCAUAUAUAAGUAUUAGAAAAGAUAUUGUGAAUAAAUUUCAACAAUCUUGGUAAUUCUUUUCAUACUGCAUUUGAUAUUUUUACACAAAAAUCGAAUGUAUAUGUAAUGAGCUUCAAUGGUUUUAUAUACACGAAUUCUUAUUCUAAUUACGGAAUUAAUUAUCUAAUGAAAAAAUGGUAUGAAUGACGUCAAAUGAAAACGUCUGUUAAACUAGUGCUUAUCAAAGAAUCUAAUUUCAUUUUUUAUUUAAAAUAAAUUAGUGCAAUUACAAGAAAAAGUAAAACUGUAUAAUAUAUACGAAUAUCCUAUGCAAAAUGUUUAUCUUAGUAAGGUUGUGAUGAAAUGUUCUGUUAAGGUUCCAAUGGGUGUAAAUUUUAUAUGUACCAUUUAAACGUAACAUGUUUCUUGUGCACAUUAUAGUACAAUAAUGGUAUAUUGUUUUUUUCUUAAGUUAAACAUAGUUUUAAUUAUUAUAAUUGCAUAAUUACAAUUUUAUUUUUUUAUGCUUUUAUGCUGCAAUCAUGUGCCAUGAAUAAAUGAAUAAUUUGGCAAAUAAUAUAUAUUACACUAAUUGUUAGCAGUGUAAUUUUAAUUUAUGUUCUAAACAAAAAUAUAAGUAAUGAUAAUUAACAAAUAAUUUUAAAUUAGAAAUAACAUAAAAAUGAAUUUUUUUUGUUAAAUACAAU